AUGGCCCUCCCAUUGAAACGAGCAAUCGAUCACGUCAAGAAUGGUCAAGUGGAACACCUUCAACCAUUCAUGAAUGAACUAUCUUCUUUUAUCAAUGACUGUACACAAGCAACUGGCUAUGAAACGUUACUCUACAAGGCAUGUGACAGGGAACAAGUGCAAGUGUUAAAAUUAUUAUUGCAAGUGAAAGGAAUAGAUGUCAACAAGGGAUCUAAAUUGAAUAAUUAUAAUAUUUCACACCCCAAUAGGGAAUCGUAUGUAUUCAUUCGUAAAAACAUGGUUGAUUCAAGAUUGACACUCGCUCCGUUACAGGUUUAUUCUCCUCUCUAUAUUGCUUGUAAACAUAAUCAUUUAGAAAUUAUUCAAUUAUUACUUUCUCACCCGAAUAUAAGGAUUGAUCAUAGGGCAACAAACAUUGCCAUGAAAGAGCAUUGUAUUGAUUUGAAUUUACUUUCUUUUUCUAUUAAGAGUUCAUCCAGUGAUGCAUUGAAUGAUACAUCUCAACGAUCAUUUAUUUAUGCCAAGUUUUAUAGUUAUCAACAUUUACAGCACGUGUCACUGGUCAACAAGUAUGAUCGUGACACAUUAUUUGAAAAUUCAAAUAUUAUUGUAUUUAAACCUCUCAUUAAGCUGAUGGCUCCUUCCUUCUAUAAGAAAGUUUUGAAAAAUAAGGAAUUGAUACUCUCACUUGAUCACUCUGAAGAACAAAUUGUACAACAUAUGAUUAAUUCAUUUAUUUAUGGAGGUCCAAGUGAUUUACUCUCCAUCAUGAAUGUGACAGACCAGUCGAAGAGUUCUCUCACACUUCUCGAAACACUCAAAUUGUGUAUCCAAGUUGUUUUUAUUGUAAAUCAAGUGGUAAAUGGUGAAUGUACGAAUUGGAAAGUACAAGCCGUAAGAGCAGUCGUUUCAGUUGUGAAAUUUGAAAAUAUUUUGGAUACACUUGAUUUGAUUCAAACAUUAUUGGAACGAGAACACAAAUACUUUAAAUCUCGUCACGAAUUUGAGAAUUCCAACACUUCUACAUGUACUUUAAGAAAAAUCAAAGAAUAUUGCCUUGACUAUAUUGGAACCAAUGCUUGGAAAGAUGAAGGAUAUGAUUUGUAUGUGGAAAAAGAUCCACGAAUGCAGCAAUAUGCCAUGUCUGUCAUCAAGCGAAGAGAAAUGAAACCUCAGAAUAUUUACGAAACACCUUGCUUGGUCUCAAACACUCUAUUUUUUGAUCUCUAUCAUGGUGGAAAGAAGACUGAUUUUGAAAUGAAGUUGAUGAGUGGAAAAGUUGUCAAAUGCCACAAGACCAUGCUGAGUUCAAAAAACAGCUUUUUUGAAGGUCUAUUUUCUGGAAAUUGGUCUCUCGAUCUUGAAGAAAAAUAUGGAGACGAGAUGGAAUAUAUUGUUCAAUAUUGUUAUGGAUUUGUAGAACAAGUGCCUCAACAUUUGAUCGUACCUCUCAUUAAGAAAGCUCACGAACAUGAAAUGAAUGAUCUCGUAGAAGUACUCGUCAGAAAAGAGUUAAUUCUGACUCUGGAUAACUUUGCUCAAGCGGUUGAGGAUUUGUAUGACUACAUGGAAGAGCCUAUCAUUUCGAAUACAAUUUUCAAGUUUGCCUCUCAAAACAGAAUAUCGUUAUGGGACAAAGUGGAUCCGAAUUUACUUCAUCCGAAACUACAAUUGUGUUUGGCCACAGGUUCCUUCUGA